AUGCCCGCUAUUCUGGAAGACCCCUCGACCCGCAAUCCCCCACCAAAAGCACACACAGAUGCAGCGCCGACCCUAACAGCGAGGAAAACCACCCUCCCCAAGUUCUCCUCCGCGCCAAUGACUCUCUACCCCAUCACAGGAGGACCGCAAACCGUCCCAAAGGACCUGAUCAAGUUCCUGCACGAGGAGUUCAGCGCGGAGAUCCUCCGCGGCGGAACGUAUCCCAUGAUGGAGCCGAUGGCACUGGACCAGUUCGCUGACUAUUGGUUCGGGACGUUUGCGGUCGUGGCGAUCUUGGACGAUGAAGGGGAGGGGUUAAGGGAGGGAAGGGAUUGGAAGAGUAUUUGUAUGGGAACUUUUUAUACCAAGCCUAACUAUCCCGGCCGCUGCUCUCACGUAUGCAAUGGAGGCUUCCUCACCACCACUGCCGCACGCGGCAAGGGUGUCGGACAGGCAAUGGGCGAAGCCUACCUGGAAUUUGCCCCGAGACUGGGAUACACAUACUCGGUCUUCAACCUGGUUUUCGCUAAUAACCCGGCCUCCAUCCGCAUCUGGGAGAAGCUAGGGUUUAGCGUUAUCGGACGGGUUCCCAAGGCUGCGCGGUUGGCGAACAGCGAGGAAUUGGUGGAUGCGUUGAUCUUCGGGCGUGAGCUGGGAAAUUAA